AACAAUUACAUGUAAAAAAAUAAAAGAAAUAAUUUAAAUAGUUUUAUUUUUUUCAAUAUUAUUUUAUGGUUAUAAAAUAUGGAGGUUUAUAAAAUCAAAGAAGAGAAAAAAGAUGAUACUACAAACAGUAAUAAAAUAACACAAGAAGAAAAGUUUUUAUUAGAUAAUUUAGUUAGAAACGAAACACCUCCAAACAUACCCAUGUCGCCAGCACUAAAAUUAAACAAUAGCUCUAUAUCAUUAAAGGACAGUAAUUUCGAUCUAUCAUCAAACAAAAACUUUGAGUCAACAUGUAUUAUUACUUCCCCAGUUGUGGUAUCACCAACAAUAGUAAAUAAAAUAUCAUUAUUAUCAAGUAAUAAAGAAAAAGAUAAAAAUAAAGAUAAAGAUAAAGAUAGCGAUAUAGAACAAGAGCUAUAUAAUAUAAAUAAAAAGAUACAACAGUCACAACCACCAUCACAGCAGCAGCAACAACAACAAAACAAUUUAUUUAAACCAAUAACACCUAUUAAAUCAUUAGAGCAGCCUCAGCAGCAAAAUUCAUUUACAUACGAAAAAACUCCAACGGGAAAUAAACAGCAGCAACAACAGCAACAAUCUAAUUAUAAUGUUAAAAAUGAAAGAAUCUCACCUAUACCGUUUCCGAAUAUUAGCAUGUUAAUAAAUGAUCCAACAGUCUCAAAUACCUCCUCCUCUUCAACAUCAAACAUUAGCAAUAUAUCAACUACAGCCACAGCCACAACUACAACCAAUAGAUUAAAAACACCAUUAUCAACACCUGUAAAAUCUCAAGAAAGCGCACCAUCAAUAGAGUUGGAGGAAAAUAUACCCUCAUCAUCAACUACAUCUUCAGCAACAACAGCGACGCCACCAGAAACAAAGAAAAAAUCAAAACAAUGGUCAUUUAAGGAUUAUUUAUAUGAUGAAAUAAAUGGUGGCUAUUUAUCAACAGAGGUCAUAGAUUCAAAGAAAAGAGAACAGGUUUAUAAUUUUGUUCAUGUACCAUUAGAAUUAGAGAAACUAAUAUUAUUUGGAUUUCUGGUGUGUUUUGAUUCAUUCUUAUUCUUAUUUACAUUUUUACCAAUCAGAUUCUUUUUUUCAUUUUUUAAAUUAUUACAAUCAUUUUUUUCGAAAAAAAUAAAGUUAACAACGAAUCAAAUAUUUGAUUUAAUUAGGGGUUUUAUAUGGGUGUCAUGUUUUAUAUUUUUAACUUUUAUAGACUCAUCAAUGUUAUAUCACUAUAUUAGAGGACAGGCAGUUAUCAAGCUUUAUGUAAUUUAUAAUGUAUUGGAGGUUUUGGAUAAAUUGUGUUGUAGUUUUGGUCAAGAUAUUUUCGAUUCCCUUUAUUGGAUGUCAUAUAGUUUUAGUCAUUCAAAAGACAUUAAAGAGAAAUCUCAAAAGGAAACAAGAAUUUUAGCACCAGUAUCCCAUACAAUUGUAGCGACUGGUUAUGUUUUUUUACAUUCAUUGGUUUUAUUUUCUCAAGUUAUAACAUUAAACGUCGCAAUCAAUUCAUAUAAUAAUGCAUUAUUGACAUUAAUGAUAUCAAAUCAAUUUGUCGAAUUGAAGGGCUCUGUAUUCAAAAGAUUCGAAAAGGAGAAUUUAUUUCAAAUUUCAUGCAGCGAUAUAGUGGAAAGAUUUCAAGCAUUUAUAUUUCUUAUGAUUAUAGCUUUUCAAAACCUAUCCGAUUUAAAUUGGGAUCUAUCUAAAGACUAUUUCUUGGAUAUUGGUUUAGUAUUUCUAACGGUUUUGGGUUCAGAGUUAGUCGUUGAUGCUAUUAAACACGCCUUCAUCACCAAAUUUAACAAGUUACCACCAAAAUUGUAUACUAAAUUCUUUAUCAUCCUAUCCGAUAACAUUGUUGACCCAAGAAAUAGAAAUUUUACCGAAUCAUCAUGGGGUAUAAAUAAUAUUAUUGGUUUUGUGCCAUUCCCGCUAGCCUCAAUAAUUAUCAGAUUUUUUUAUAAAUUUAUACCAUUUGAUAAUGUAGUAACUGGUAUAGUUUUAACCGUUCAAAUUUAUAUAUGUUUAGUUUUAUUAAAGAUAUUUAUUAAAAUAGUAAUUAUAGGACAAUGUUUAUCAAAUAAUGACAGUUGUUUAUCAACCCCAGAUCCAUCAAAUCCGACAUCGUCAUCAUCUUCAACAUCUGAAAAAUUAAACG